UGGACGGCGCAUAAUGUAGUUCACCAUAGAUUCAAAGGUAAAAGAUUUCACGUGAUCACCGAGUCCAACCUUUCUAUUCAAAUCUCGUUAUGGCAAUUUAAUAAAAGCCAUUAGAAAAAAAAAUUGAUAAGAAAGGUAAUUUGGGCACCGACGUGAAUUUGACUAAAAAUUACGAGAGAAAUAGAAAGAGACUUGGUCACGAAGGUGUUAAUUAGCAUGGAAGAGAGAGAAAUGAAAUAAUCGUCGUUGACCAUUGACCGAAACUUAGUCAUAUAAAAAAAUCCAACCGCCCACUAUUGUUCCCCUAUUCACAAGGUCUUCGUUUUCUCAGACGUAAACAACAAGAAAUUAUAUAAACACAACAACAACAAAAAAAGAGCAACCCUAUUUCUUUAUAUGCAACUCUCCAAGAAUCCGAUCAAACAAACGAGAAAUCGAGAGAAGAAACACACCGACGAUUUCGCGAUGAAGAGAUCUGUAAUCAUGGCUCCGGAAUCUCCUGUUUUUUUCCCACCUCCGCUUGUUUUCUCUCCGACGUCGGUAAAAACGCCGUUGUCUUCUCCUCGUUCGGCGCCACCGAAGCUGACGAUGGUUGCUUGUCCUCCAAGAAAGCCAAGGGAGACAACAACUAAGGGUUCUGGUUCGGAUUCCGAAACGGUGUUGAAAAGAAAACGACCGCCGAUGCUUGACUUAACGGCGGCUCCGAUGGUUGCAUCGUGGUGUAGUACGACGAGAGAGACGGCGGAGAAAGGAGCGGAGGUUGUUGAAGCUGAGGAAGAUGGAUACUACUCUGUUUAUUGUAAGAGAGGAAGACGCGGACCAAUGGAAGAUCGGUACUUCGCGGCGGUUGAUCGUAAAGACGACGGAGCUGUUAAAAAAGCUUUCUUUGGAGUAUUUGAUGGUCACGGCGGAUCCAAGGCGGCGGAAUUCGCUGCGAUGAAUCUCGGGAACAAUAUUGAGUCGGCUAUGGCAUCGGCGAGAUCAGGAGAAGAAGGUUGCUCAAUGGAGAGAGCGAUAAGAGAAGGGUACAUCAAAACGGAUGAGGAUUUCUUGAAAGAAGGUUCUAGAGGCGGCGCGUGUUGUGUAACCGCUUUGAUAUCGAAAGGCGAGCUUGCGGUUUCAAAUGCAGGAGACUGCCGGGCUGUUAUGAGUCGUGGUGGAACGGCGGAAGCUCUCACUUCCGAUCACAAUCCUUCUCAAGCAAAUGAGCUCAAAAGGAUUGAAGCAUUGGGUGGUUAUGUUGACUGCUGCAACGGCGUUUGGAGAAUUCAAGGAACAUUAGCAGUCUCACGAGGAAUUGGAGACCGGUAUCUUAAGGAGUGGGUUAUAGCCGAACCGGAAACCAGAACAUUACGGAUUAAACCGGAGUUCGAAUUCUUGAUCUUAGCAUCUGAUGGCCUGUGGGACAAGGUUACGAACCAAGAGGCGGUCGAUGUGGUUCGGCCGUACUGCGUAGGCGUAGAGAAUCCAAUGACACUUUCUGCUUGCAAGAAACUAGCCGAGCUAUCGUUUAAGAGAGGCUCUUUGGAUGAUAUAAGUCUAAUCAUAAUUCAGCUACAACACUUUCUUCCAUGAUUCAUUAACAUAUACUAGUAUUUAGCGAAACUUAAUUAAUUUCAUAAUUAGGUCUUAAUAUAUUGAUAAUUUUGUUCAGCAUUUUUGUAAAUAAAUUAAAGAUUUCGAACAUUUAAUAUAUUAUUACUGUUCUUGGGGA